GAGCCUGAGGCGCGGGGGAGAAUUGGGGAAACUGGAAUUUCCCGCGGACUUGACGGCGCUUGCUCUCCCCCUACUCGUUUUAAUUCCACGCGCUCCAAAAUAUCCGCCAUGGAGAAAUCUUGGCCAUGAUGCCCGCUGUAUACCUCCCGGUGCUGUGCUGUCCUGCUGAAGGUGGGGUCAGGCAUCCAAAGGGGCUGUGGCAGGGAAGGGUCUAAUUGCUGCCAAUAUCAUCAUGAACUUUGAGAGUCUGGACCCUGGUCUGGCAGAGUAUGCCCCGGCUAUGCAUUCUGCCCUGGACCCUGUCCUGGAUGCCCACCUGAACCCAAGUCUGUUGCAGAACGUGGAGCUGGAUCCAGAGGGAGUGGCCUUGGAGGCUCUUCCGGUCCAGGAGUCAAUGCACAGAAUGGAAGGUGUCUACUCAGAAUUGCACAGUGUGGUGGCUGAAGUGGGCGUGCCUGUCUCCGUCUCCCACUUUGACUUACACGAGGAGAUGCUAUGGGUGGGGAGCCAUGGGGGCCACGCCACUUCAUUUUUUGGCCCCGCCUUGGAGCGCUAUUCAUCCUUCCAGGUCAAUGGCAGUGACGACAUCCGGCAGAUCCAGAGCCUGGAGAAUGGUAUCCUUUUUCUCACCAAGAACAACCUCAAGUAUAUGGCCCGUGGGGGCCUCAUCAUAUUUGAUUACCUGUUGGAUGAGAGUGAGGAUAUGCAUAGUCUCCUGCUAACUGACAGCAGUACUCUGCUCAUUGGCGGGCUGCAGAACCACAUCCUAGAGAUUGACCUCAACACUGUCCAGGAGACACAGAAGUACGCAGUCGAGAUGCCUGGGGUCACCAUCAUGAGACAGACAAACCGCUUCUUCUUCUGUGGCCAUACAUCUGGCAAGCUUUCCCUGCGAGACCUCCGUACUUUUAAGGUGGAGCAUGAAUUUGACGCCUUCUCAGGGAGUCUGUCAGAUUUUGACGUGCACGGCAACUUGCUGGCUGCCUGUGGCUUUUCCAGCCGCCUCUCUGGCCUGGCCUGUGACCGCUUCCUCAAGGUGUACGACCUCCGUAUGAUGCGGGCCAUCACUCCCCUUCAAGUACACGUGGACCCCGCCUUCUUGCGCUUUAUCCCUACCUAUACUUCUCGUCUUGCUAUUAUCUCCCAGUCAGGGCAGUGCCAGUUUUGUGAGCCCACAGGCCUGGCCAACCCAGCUGACAUCUUCCAUGUGAAUCCCGUGGGGCCUCUGCUGAUGACGUUUGACGUGUCAGCCAGCAAGCAGGCCCUGGUCUUCGGAGAUUCUGAAGGCUGUGUGCACCUCUGGACUGAUUCCCCUGAGCCUUCCUUCAACCCUUAUUCCCGGGAAACGGAAUUUGCUUUGCCCUGUCUGGUGGACACCCUUCCUCCUCUGGACUGGAGCCAGGACUUGAUGCCUCUUUCCCUCAUCCCAGUCCCACUCACCACCGACACCCUGCUCUCUGACUGGCCUGCUGCCAACUCUGCUCCGGCUCCCAGGCGAGCACCUCCUGUGGACGCGGAGAUUCUGCGCACCAUGAAGAAAGUGGGCUUCAUUGGCUACGCACCUAACCCCCGCACCAGGCUGCGCAAUCAGAUUCCUUACCGACUCAAGGAGUCAGACAGUAAAUUUGACAGCUUCAGCCAGGUCACGGAGUCACCAAUAGGACGGGAAGAGGAGCCGCAUCUCCAUAUGGUCUCUAAGAAAUACCGAAAGGUGACUAUCAAAUACUCCAAGCUGGGGCUGGAAGACUUUGACUUCAAACACUACAACAAGACCCUGUUUGCCGGACUAGAGCCCCACAUUCCUAAUGCUUACUGUAACUGCAUGGUCCAGGUGCUCUAUUUCCUGGAGCCUGUUCGCUGUCUAAUCCAAAACCACCUUUGCCAAAAGGAGUUCUGCUUGGCAUGUGAGCUGGGCUUCCUCUUCCAUAUGUUGGACCUCUCCCGUGGUGACCCAUGCCAGGGCAGCAAUUUUCUUCGGGCCUUCCGCACCAUUCCUGAGGCCUCAGCCCUCGGUCUGAUCCUGGCAGACUCGGAUGAGGCUUCGGGCAAGGGCAGUCUGGCCAGGCUCAUCCAGAGGUGGAACCGGUUCAUUCUCACUCAACUGCAUCAGGAUAUGCAGGAGCUGGAAGUAGCCCAGGCCUACCGAGGUGCUGGAGUCAGCAGCUUCUGCUCCUCGGGAGACUCAGUCAUUGGGCAGCUGUUCAGCUGUGAGAUGGAGAAUUGCAGCCUGUGCCGCUGUGGCAGUGAGACCGUGCGAGCCUCCUCCACCCUGCUCUUCACACUCUCCUACCCCGAGGGUAGCAACAGUGAUAAAACCGGGAAGAACUAUGACUUUGCCCAGGUACUGAAGCGAAGCAUCUGCCUGGAGCAGAAUACACAAGCCUGGUGUGACAACUGCGAAAAGUUCCAGCCCACGAUUCAGACCCGCAAUAUCCGACAUCUGCCAGACAUUCUUGUCAUCAACUGUGAGGUGAACAGCUCGAAAGAGGCUGAUUUCUGGAGGAUGCAGGCUGAGUUUGCCUUCAAGAUGGCAGUGAAGAAGCCCGCAGGGGAGCUCUCCAAGAACAAGGACUUUGCUUUGUCCGAUUGGAAGGAGCUCGGGAGUCCAGAGGGCAUGCUGAGAUGCCCCUCCAUGGAGGAGAUGAAGAAUAUCUGGCUUCCUUUCUCCAUUCGCAUGAAGAUGACCAAGAACAAAGGGCUGGAUGUUUGCAAUUGGACUGAUGGAGAUGAGUGGGGCGCAGCCAGGGCGGAGGAGGAGCAUGGUGUCUCUGUGUAUGACCUGAUGGCCACGGUGGUACACAUCCUGGACUCACGCACAGGGGGCAGCCUGGUGGCUCACAUCAAAGUUGGAGAGACCUACCACCAGCGCAAGGAGGGCGUUACUCACCAGCAGUGGUAUCUCUUCAAUGACUUCCUUAUUGAACCCAUUGAUAAGCAUGAAGCUGUGCAGUUUAACAUGAAUUGGAAAGUCCCUGCUAUCCUUUAUUACGUCAAAAGGAAUCUCCAUUCCAAAUACAACGUGAACAUCAAGAACCCUAUAGAGGCGAGUGUCCUGAUGGCUGAAGCCUCCUUGGCACGGAAACAGCGGAAAACACAUACUACCUUCAUUCCACUCAUGCUGAGUGAGAUGCCACAGGUUGGGGACCUGGUGGGCCUCGAUGCUGAGUUUGUCACCCUUAAUGAGGAGGAAGCUGAGUUGCGCAGCGAUGGCACCAAAUCUACCAUUAAACCAAGUCAGAUGUCAGUAGCAAGGAUUACCUGUGUUCGGGGCCAAGGACCCAAUGAGGGUAUUCCCUUCAUUGAUGAUUACAUCUCUACACAGGAGCAGGUGGUGGAUUACUUGACUCAAUACUCAGGGAUAAAGCCCGGAGACCUCGAUGCCAAGAUCUCCUCUAAGCACCUCACGACUCUCAAGUCUACCUACUUAAAACUCCGUUUUCUGAUAGACAUUGGAGUCAAAUUUGUAGGUCAUGGUCUACAGAAGGACUUCCGGGUCAUCAACCUCAUGGUGCCCAAGGACCAAGUGCUUGACACGGUGUACCUCUUCCAUAUGCCUCGAAAACGAAUGAUUUCCCUGCGGUUUCUUGCUUGGUACUUUCUGGACCUGAAGAUUCAAGGAGAGACCCAUGACAGUAUCGAGGAUGCCCGCACAGCCCUUCAGCUCUACCGAAAGUAUCUGGAGCUAAGCAAGAAUGGGACUGAGCCCGAGUCCUUCCACAAAGUGCUCAAGGGUCUCUACGAGAAGGGCCGCAAGAUGGACUGGAAAGUGCCAGAGCCGGAGAGCCAGUCCAGUCCUAAGAAUGCAGCUGUCUUCUCCUCCGUGCUGGCACUCUGACCCACGUUCUCUCAACAAACUACUCCCUCUCCUUCUAGUCUUUGUGGCCCCAGAACUGGAAGAUGGUUUUCUAAGUUGGCUAUAUACCCUUUCCACUUCCAGACAUGGACCCCAUCUGGGUCUGCAGUUGGUGCUAUGAAAGGAACUGGGAUGCAUCAGAAUUGUUACACAGGGUCUAGAAGCCAGAUUCCUUCUCUACCUUUGCAAAACCGUGGACCAAAGAUAUGAGUCUAGAACUGACCUAGAUUGGUAUUCUUAAUAAACACCCUCCUGGGUAAUUAAUCCAGGUGUAGAACACCCUGAAACCAAAAUUCUCUUUUCCCAGCUGGCUGGGGACUGAAGUCCUAGGCAGUGGCAGAGGAUCCAGCAGUAGUCCAGGACUUAGUCUGUUUGAGGGAUGUCUGUCUGGAGGAGCAAGCGCAGAGUCUUGGUGGCUCAAGCAAACCAGUGUGACCAACAGCACCAUUGCCCAAAGGACAAAGCCUGCUGCUGGCAUCCUGCUGACAGCUGAGCAGCCUGUCUUCCAUCCACUCCCCUGUCCCAAGUUUUGCUUUAUGAUUUAAAAUUUUUUAUUUUAAACCGCAUGUUUUAUAAAAUAAAACCA